CCCGCAUUCGGGUUACAGCUUCGACCAGUGUAGCGUCGUAAUUUUCACGUUCGUCCUAAGGCACUUUCUUUCUAAUAUUUCAUCAAUAUUGUUAAAAAACUACUGAAGACUGCAUUUUUGAGUCUGAUCCAGGAUUGGUGUAUGACAUCAUUUGCUUUGCAUUCUUGCUGUUCCAAUGUUCCAAUGUUCUUGCUGUUGCAAUUUCUCUAGCUACUAUUUCCAACAUGUUGUGAACGAAGUGAAAGCUCAAGUUUUAUCAUCCAGUGUGGGUUCUGUUGUGGAUCCUAUUAAAAUGUUCUUCUACCACCUCCUUUAUCCAGAAUAUAGAGUGACAGUUGAUGUCUAUGCAUAUAUGUUCUUCUGUGAUUUCAUUAACUUUUUCAUAGUCGUUUUUGGCUACUGGGCUUUUGGAGCAGAGGGUUCAGAAAAUGUGACUUCCUAUUUUGAAGAAAAUAAGGUUCCAAUACCUUUCCUAAUCAUGCUAAUUGUUCAAUUUGCUACCAUUGUCACUGACAGAGCUUUGUAUUUAAGGAAAUAUAUUUUAGGAAAGUUAAUAUUUCAAGUAAUUCUAAUUUUUAUAGUUCAUCUGUGGAUGUUUUUUAUUCUUCCUGCAAUCACAUCACGAGAUUUUGCAAAUGCAGCUAACUUGCCGCCAAAGAUGUGGUAUGUAAUAAAAUGCAUUUAUUUCUUGCUGUCAGCUUAUCAAAUAAGGUCAGACUAUCCAACUAGAAUUUUAGGAAAUGUCUUUUGCAAGAAGUAUAAUUAUGCCAAUCUCAUCCUCUUCAAAGGGUAUAUGAUUAUACCAUUUUUGUAUGAACUGAGAAGUUUGAUGGAUUGGAUAUGGACAGAUACAAGCAUGAAUAUCAGCAACUGGCUGAAGAUGGAAGAUGUUUACUACAGUAUAUUUGUGUUAAAAUGCACAAGAUGAGCUGAAGCAGACUACCCAACCCCGAGGGGGGCAAAACGAACUGCCCUCAUUAAAUAUGGAGUUGGCUGCUCACUAUUAUUUUUCAUUAUACUCAUAAUCUGGUUCCCACUGUUACUGUUUGCUUUAGAGAACGCAGUCGGACGCACCAACUUGCCAAUUAGCGGCACAUUUGAACUGUCUAUAACGGUUAUGAACCCUUAUUUAGAACCACGGCGCUGGAAGGGGAGCAAAUCAAACCCUUCAAUGAUCGCCAGUGGAAGGAACUUGAAGGCGCUGUUGCCGAACUAGCUGAUCCCUCCACAACAAGUUUCUUAACUGGUUAUAGUAGAGAGGAUACUGUAGUUGUGGAACUUAGUAAUAACUCCACCUCAAUCUGGACCAUCAGC